AGAGGCAGACCAGAAGGAGGCGUUGUCCUCACAAACACAUCAGCUGCAAAUUUAUGCAAAACAGUGAAAGCACCAUCCUCCUCCUCCUCCUCCUCCUCCUCCUGCUCUUCAUCCUCCUCCUCCUCCUCUUCCUCCUUAUCUUCAUCACCCCCUCUUCUUCAUCCUCUGCUGCUAAAAGCAAAGAGCAACAACAACCAGCAGCAGCUCGACGAGGCUCCGGAGCCUCCGAGUGUCUCCGGCAGCUUGUCCAGGCUGCAGCCGGCGCAGGAGCAGCGGAGACGCAGCCAUGGAGACGGAUGGAGAGCAGAACCAGCAGGGGGCCUCGACCAAUGGGAGCGCUGCGUCCGGGACCGCCACCGCCUCCUCCCGCCCCUCUCCCAUGAACUCCAUGUCUCUGUAUGAACGACAGGCGGUGCAGGCCCUGCAGGCGUUACAGCGGCAGCCGAACGCAGCUCAGUACUUCCAGCAGCUGAUGCUGCAGCAGCAGAUCAACAACGCCCAGCUGCAGAACCUGGCCGCCGUGCAACAGGCGACCCUGGCUGCCAGUCGUCAGUCGAGUCCUUCCAGCGGUGGCUCGUCUCAGACCAGCAGCUCCACAUCUGCUAGUGUAACAUCUGGAACGGGGUCCACAACCAGCAGCCGUCCAAUGGGAGGCUCAGCUACGUCCACAAUCAGCCAGUCAGUACUUCUGAGCGGGACGGCAGCAGGACAGGGACAAAUGUACCUGAGGGUCAACCGCUCCCUGAGGGCGCCCAUCUCCUCCCAGCUUAUCUUCAUGCCCGGCAGCACAGCAACUGCUGCCGUGGCGACCGUCACCACGCAGCAGCAGGCUCAGCAGCAGCAGCCAGAGGCCACGACAACGUCCUCCUCCAGCAGCCUGGCAGACAACGACCAGGCGCAGAAUCUGGCCAUGAGAGGCGUGACCAGUCCCAAAGGUGUGAAGACCGAAGCUCCCGAGAGGAGUGACUCAGCGGCCUUCUCUCUGGUCCAACCCUCCCACCAGUGCAACGCCCAGUCUCCCUCCAAGCCCAGCCAGCCUCAGCCCCAGCCCCCCCACAUCAAGAUCCCCACGUACCCUCAGCCCACCAACCUCAAAGCCCACCCCGCCUCCUCCUCCUCCGGAGCGUCCUCCUCCUCUUCCUCCACCUCCUCCAUCCCGCUCUCCCAGCUCCUGCUUCAUGGGACCCGGACCCUCGCCACAGGGACCACAGCUCCCACAGCAGCGCACACCCUGGUCCUCGCGUCCAACGCGGCGUCUCAUCACCACGGGUACCCAGUGGGCACGGCGACCAUCAAACCUGCGGUCAACGCUCAGACUCUGGUGGUGCAGCCGCUGCAGAAGAGCUCGCUCAGCGCUGAGAAAUCAGGCCACGGCAACGGACCCAUCCCGAUACAACCUAAGACUCUGCAGGGGCUGCGUCUGCCCCUCCACCUGCCCUCCAGGAACCCCCCUCCCAUCCUCCCUGCCCCUCCUCCAGCCAGCAGCUCCGCCCAGCCUCCACAGACUCCGCACAUCCCAGUCCAGAUCGUGGGGGCCAGGCAGAGCACGCUGGGAAACGGCCAGGCGCUGGCACUGGCCCGGGGCAGCUGCAGCCAGGACGGAGCCGCGGUCCUCACCAGCUCGUCCAGCCUGCUCACCAUGGUGGCUUCCAUCGCGUCCAGGGAGGGCGGGGUCGUGGGCCGCGGCGUGGGGCUUAAGGCACUUCACUCGCCCCAGGAGGCUCCCCCAUUGGCUCAGGUCUCCCAAGUGCAUCCGCUGGCCAAUCAGAGCUCUGGACAGAGUCAGAACGGACCUGUAGCUUCUAGCCCCGCCUCCUCCAAGCCCCCGGCUGUUUCCGCUCCUCCCUCCUCGCUCUCUCGUUCCUCCCUCUCCCUCCCCCUGGCGACUGAGGAGCAGAGAGGAGCGCCAGCCGGCGUGACCACUAACGGAGACGCGUCAGGACGUCAGACGCCGCAGGGAAAGCAGGUGAUUGGUUCGCUAAAAAGGAAAUCAGACUCAAACGCAGCCAAUGAUGAAGAUGGCCCCUCCCCUCCACGGAUCCAGCCUGUCAGAGACCACACCUCUGCGCUCCCAACCAAUCCCAUCAAAGCAGGAUGUAACGCUCCUCCUCCGGCACCCCCCUCUCCCUCCCCUGUCUUAUCUGUGUCCCGCGGGACGAGUGGUCAGGGGGACAGAGCUCCUCCCCCUCAGGCCGUGGUUAAACCUCAUGUCCUCACACACCUCAUAGAGGGCUUCGUCAUCCAGGAGGGGGCAGAGCCUUUCCCUGUGUGUGGUCCAGUGAAGGACUCGACCGGUGAGGAUUUAACCAACGACAGUCCAGACACGAACCAAUCAGAGACCGUCACCACCGCCACAGUGCUAAAGUGUGAGUACUGUAAAAACUUUGCUCCUGCCAGCCAGUUCAGAGGCACCAAAAGGUUCUGCUCCAUGACUUGUGCCAAGAGGUACAACGUCAGCUUCAGGCAGCACCUGUGCAUGCGGCAGGGUCACGGCCAGGGUCACGGGCAGGGUCAGGGUCACGCUCCGGAGCAGGACCACGGCCAAGGUCACUUCUCCAACUCGGACGAGGAGGGAGGAAUCGCCAGGCGGAGGGUUCCCCGCAGGACCAGCUCAGAGAUAGCCAGUGCCAAGAUAGCAGGGAGACCUUUACCUGUCAAGUGCCGCUCAGAGUCCAGCCAUUCAGACGAGGAGUCCAGCGGAGAGGAGGAUGAAGACGACCCCAUGUCCCUCUCGCCGGCCUCCUCGGCCUCCUGCCACCAGGCGGCGCCCCAGCCGCCCACGGACAGUUCUGCGCCCAGCUGCCUGCCCUCUGGCCCCGCCCAGUGGAGCGUGGAGGAAGUGUCGCAGUUUAUCUCCUCGCUGCAAGGCUGCGAGGACCUUGCCUCCCAGUUCCUGUCGCAGGAGAUUGACGGACAGGCUUUGCUGCUGCUGAAGGAGGAGCACCUCAUGUCCACCAUGAACAUCAAGCUCGGCCCCGCCCUGAAGAUCUGCGCCCACAUUAACAACCUGAGAGACUGAAGUCAGAGUUUCCAUGAACCGACGUGUUCGAAGUCGAGCUCCGGACAUUCCCCCCCCCCCAGCGCUUGUUCUGAGUCCAGUUCAGAUAAAGAACUGGUUCCAGAGCGGAGUCCCACAGGUGAAUGUAUGAAGUACACUUCCCCUUGAACCCAGACUGGGGCUGCAGCACUUGAGUCGGUUGUUGGUUUGAACCCAAGUUCAAAAGUCAUGUUUUGCACAAGAGUUUUGUGAAUUCCUUCCACAUCUGCCACGUCCGUGAUUUAAAACAGAUUACAAAGUUUAUUUGGUCCUAAAAUACUUUUUUCCGUGCGAAAUCAGUCAGAAACAAACUCUACCAGUUUAUUUCCUUUUGCUUUUCAUCUGCACAAUUUCCAUUCAGAAGCAGGAACUGAGGUUUUGAAUGUAUUCUCAGUGCAGACGUCACUUGCAUUGAUGGAGCAGACAUUUAAAUCGACAGAACUUGUCCCAGGACUCAUUGUUUUAAACGUUGUGUCCACAUUUGCUGCAUUUGUCUCAUUUUCCAUCGAAACACGCAAACAGAUGAUUGUACAGUUAUUCCACUCAUUGUAUUAUAUUGUCCAGGAAAAGUAUUAUUUAAAAAAAAAAACAUCUGUCUUCUCUUGGCGUCAAAAAUUAAAACCAGGUUAUAUUUUUUCAUUGAGCGCUCGUGUUGGAUCUCACUAAACUGAAACAUGAGUUUGAUUCACGGAGUUCGGACGGAAAGGCAGCGGAGAAAGAUGUUUGUGAUUUAAUGAAUUCUGUUGAAAUCUUGAUGUGUCGUUUAGGGAAGGAUUCUGAUCUUCAAUGUUAUUUAUGUUUAUAAUUAGAGAAACGCGUACGUCCAGCAUCAUAAUCACUUUGUACGAAUAGGGAUCAGCGUGUGUAAAAGGUGGCACUUUUUAUUUUGGAAGAGGCCUGUUCUAUGACUUACAGGGUAAAGUGAGAGCACAGGGUAACGGCUGCACACGCGUCCAAAUAGAACCCGACUCCCUCGAGGUUCAGAGAGAAUUUUAUAUUUCAGCGACAGAAAAUACCGUUGUUGCGUAUUUUAUUUGUCACAUUCCUUGUGUUGUUUUUCAGAGCAGAGCACAUCAACAGUAACGGAAGCACGACUGCCAAAUGCUUUUUUUUCACGUUCAGGCCGGAGACGAACGCACUGUUUAGCCACACGUUUGCGUAGACGAGCUAAAGCGUCAUCAGCGUAUUUAUUUGAGUAUUCCGCUAGAGGGUUCGCCGUAGGACUCACACCCUGUGUGGCGUUCUGUAAAUAACAAAACAUGGCGACACUGUAGGAGGUUAGCCUACGGUUACUUAUUGUUAGCGACGUCCUAGAUGGUUUGUUAGGUCCUUCGAUCGCCGUAUGUUCUUGCAGGUGACGGUCUGACUCGACACUGCCCCUACUGUCCAUGUCUGUAUUGCAUCUCGCUCACUUUGUGAGGUUGGCACAACGGACGCAGGCUACGUGACGUUUAUGUAACAUGAUGACAUCUCCGCUCUUCUAGUGUUUGACUCGGUGGGGAGGAUCUCGUUAUUCUGGAUCUUUGCUCAGAGUCUGUUCAACAAAACAAUUUGAGCCUUUUAUCGGUGAAACAAAUAACUUCACGUGGAUUGUCGCAGUUGCCCCAUAAGAUUAGAUCGUAGCCCCUGCUGUCGUGUCGUGGCUGCUGGCGGAGACGAUCCUCUGGACCGAUUUUAAAAUGUUUUUCAUUUACACACCGACAGUUACGAACAGGGCUCAGGUUGAAAAGUACAGGAAUCUGUGACAAUUUUGUUCUUUCUGGCAAUUUCAACAUUUUCCAGCGGUGCAACCAGCCGCUUCUGAUCCUCACAGCAGUUUGAGUGACGGCUCACGUCACAGGCUAGAUUUACUUUAUUAUUUUUUGUGGUGACAUGAAGUUUACAAAAGGAAAAUACCGAACGAAAGCACGAUCGAGACUUAACCAGCAAACACCGUGACAACAAAACCACAAAGUCUGUUCAGACGAAGCUACACGUGGACCUAUGACUCAAACAUAAAUCAUCCCUGACCGAACGAGUGUGUGAAUGAGACAACUUAAACUAAGCUGUAAUAAUAAUAACUUUAAAAUUUGCCUUUAUAUUUAAAUGCACAUUUGUUUGCCUUGUUUUGAGCUUUGUACUGUAGGAGUUCUCUCACGUUAUCUCUCUGUGAACCUUGUGGCCUUUCUCACUAGUUUCUUGGUUUAGAUGAGGAUUGUCUCUUUUUUAACUGCUUUUCAUAUCAUUCCUUGUUUUAUAUUAGUGCUUACUUUUUUACUAUUGUUACUUCAAGCAAUGCCUUUCCCAAAAAGCGUGACCGAAUAGUAGCGACCUUGAUCAAGGACACUCGCCGUCUUCCUCCAUAGCUUUGUCACAUAGCGUGUCACUACCGACAGUAUUUACCUUUCUAGCUCUAGCGACCUUUGGCUUUUCUUGUUAGUGACUGUGGCUGUUACGGUAUUUUCUUUCGAAAGAGGACAAUAACCUUCGACAGCAGCUGUGUGUUUAUAUUCCUCAGUCGUCCCAGGAUUUUGGAGUCGUUAAAUCAGCCGGUCCGUCAGCAUUUCACGAAGACCGAAAACAAAACCCCACUUGUUUUUCAUUUCGAGUGAUUUGAGCCACAAUUCUUUGCUGAACUCGAUGCAUUUGUGACGCGACCGCUCCCAGAAAGCAGCACUUUCCUCCCAGAAGAAACUGAUUCUGUAAAAAUGAUUUUCUUUUUAAAUGAAGAAACCACAUGAAGACAAUGUGCUUCCUUGCAAUAAUCAGAGAAACUGCAAAAUCUUGGAGGGACUGGGUUUAAUGAGGAGAGAUUAAUAAUACUAUCAUGCAAAUAAAUAAUCAAGGAACUGUUUUAAAA